AUCUAGACACAAAUGAACGAAACAUAAACGUUUCUGGAGAGACACUGGCUUGCCUGGCUCUCCCCUCUUGGUGUGGUGUUAGAAUAUCAUCCAAACUUCAUUUCUUAAGGGGAAAAAAAAGUGUUUAAUUAUUACCUUUGUUGACCUCUGUACCUUCUGGCUUCCUCCACUCCUGGCCACAAGACAUGGCCAUUCCCGGGCUCAGCCGUGCAGACACAGGCACUCCUCACGGGCUCCACAGAGUGAGAAGCCUCUUAGAGCUGGCAGGAGGCAACGAUGGAGGAGACGAGCCUGAGGAAAAGGAGAGAGGAUCAGAAGUCCAUCCAGAGUAAUGAACCCAAGACCACAAGUCUCCAAAAGGAGGUGGGGCUGUUCAGCGGCAUCUGCAUCAUCGUGGGCACCAUCAUCGGCUCUGGGAUCUUCAUUUCCCCCAAGUCUGUGCUCAGCAACACGGAGGCCGUGGGGCCCUGUCUCAUCAUAUGGGCGGCGUGCGGCAUUCUCGCAACCCUGGGUGCUCUGUGCUUUGCAGAGCUUGGCACGAUGAUCGCCAAGUCGGGGGGCGAGUACCCGUACCUGAUGGAGGCCUUCGGCCCCAUCCCCGCCUACCUCUUCUCCUGGACCAGCCUGUUCAUCAUUAAGCCCUCCUCCUUCGCCAUCAUCUGCCUCAGCUUUGCCGAGUACGCCUCUGCGCCCUUCUACGCGGGCUGUAAGCCCCCGGAAGCGGUGGUGAAGUGCCUGGCCGCCGCUGCCAUCUUGAUCAUCACCACGGUGAAUGCGCUGAGCGUGCGGCUGGGCAGCUACGUCCAGAACGUGUUCACAGCGGCCAAGCUGGUGAUCGUGGCCGUCAUCAUCGUCAGCGGGCUGGUCCUCCUGGCUCAAGGAAAUACAAAGAACUUUGAGAAUUCUUUUGAGGGCUCACAGCUGUCCGUGGGAGCCAUCAGCCUGGCGUUUUAUAACGGACUCUGGGCGUACGACGGAUGGAAUCAACUCAAUUACAUCACAGAGGAACUUAAAAACCCUUUCAGAAACCUGCCCCUGGCUAUCAUCAUCGGGAUCCCGCUGGUGACCGGGUGCUACAUCCUCAUGAACGUGUCCUACUUCACGGUGAUGACAGCGACCGAGCUCCUGCAGUCGCAGGCGGUGGCCGUGACAUUUGGGGACCGUGUUCUCUAUCCAGCCUCUUGGGUCAUUCCACUCUUUGUGGCAUUUUCAACCAUCGGUGCUGCUAACGGGUCCUGCUUUACAGCGGGCAGACUGGUUUACGUCGCAGGCCGGGAAGGCCACAUGCUGAAAGUGCUCUCUUACAUUAGCGUCAAGCGCCUGACCCCAGCCCCUGCCAUCAUCUUUAUUGGUAUCAUAGCCCUCAUUUAUAUCAUCCCUGGUGAUAUCAACUCCUUAGUCAACUACUUCAGCUUUGCUGCCUGGAUGUUCUAUGGCAUGACGGUUCUGGGACUGAUCGUGAUGAGGUUCACGAGGAAAGAACUGGAAAGACCUAUCAGGGUUCCCAUUUUCAUCCCCAUCUUGGUGACUCUCAUAUCCGUGUUCUUGGUUUUGGCUCCAAUCAUCAGCAAACCCGAAAUGGAGUACCUCUAUUGCAUGUUAUUUAUUCUCAGCGGCACGAUAUUUUACUUCCUUUUUGUCCACUACAAGUUUGGAUGGGCUCAGAAAAUCUCAAAGCCCAUCACCAUGCACCUUCAGAUGCUGAUGGAAGUUGUCCCAGCAGAGGAAGCUCCAGAGUAACAGACUCAGUCGCCUGCAGCAGGUCCAGCAGUGAUGUGUUUAUUUUGUAAGCAAUAUCUGCAAGUACUUCUUUCUGAUGUUUUCUUAAGAAAAAAAAAUGUAUUGCGAUGUCUAUAAUAGUGGUAUUUUUAGAUAUUCUUAAUUCUCAAGGGGGGUGCUAGCUAAACUAACAGGCGAAGAUGUCACUUCCAGAGGCUGAUGACUAGGGGAGGGCUGGAUUAAAAACUACCACCACUGGGCGGCGACUCUUUACCAAGGGGCAGAUCACACCUCCUUAAAUAAGGGUGUCUUUAAACUUAGUGAUCAAAAGGAAUACAAGAAACUGGUGAAACUUAGUGCCGCCCCCAUAUUUAACCUGGGACGUGCACGGCAGGCCUGUCCCAGGCGGGAUGUCGCGGCCCCACUGCAGAGCUAACCGUGGGAACUGAGGGCGCUGCAACCAGCGGUCAGCAUCCCGGCUCCCCAACAGCCUCCACUGGUGUUUUGGUCAAACAAGAAAGCACGGUGAAUAAAAUUUUGUUUUGCAUUUGGCACUCAGGGAAAUGUUGUCUAAAAGAAUUUAAGAAUAAACACUUCUGUGAAAACACUAA